GCGGCUUCUUCUUCGUGGCGGCGGCGCGCGAAACUAUCGGAGGAUUUCCGCCGCGGCGAGCUAGGGUUCGGGUUCCGGCGGCCGGCGGGCGAGGAUGUCGGCGUACGACGAGGUGGAGAUCGAGGACAUGGAGUGGAGCGAGGAGCUGGGGGCGUACACGUACCCGUGCCCCUGCGGGGACCUCUUCCAGAUCACGCUCGCCGACCUCAGGCUCGGGGAGGAGAUCGCGCGGUGCCCCUCCUGCUCCCUCUUCCUCACCGUCGUAUACAACGAGGAGGACUUCGCCGGCGCCAAGGAGCCGCCGCAGAAGGCGGCGCCGCAGCCCGUCGCGGUCGCAUGAGGACGAUGGGAUCAUGGUGUAGCUGGGAAAGGAACUGUUUGGCGUACACGGGAGCCUAUUACUUGUAGGAUGAGAAAAUAGUGGGCAUCAUAUCAACCUUUGGCGGUUGAACAUAACUCCGCAUGGUUUCACUUAGUUGUUACAUGGGCAUCACUGGUGCAUCUAAUUUAUAUCAUGUCAAACUUAUAAUCCCAGUGACUUGCCAAUGAUGUUUUGAUUAUUGUAUCUGCUGCUACAAAAAAGAAUAUUGUUGUGCCUUGUUA